AUACAAUUGUUUGGAGAUGAGUAUCUAAGAAGACCUAAUGAGGAUGAUCUUCAACGAUUACUCGAUGUUGGAGAGGUACGCGGGUUUUCAGGGAUGAUAGGCAGCAUUGAUUGUAUUCAUUGGGAGUGGAAAAAUUGCCCAUCGGCUUGGAAAGGUACCCUCAACGAUAUCAAUGUUCUUGAUCGGUCACCAGUUUUUGAUGACAUUUUACAAGGUCGAGCACCUAAAGUUAAGUUCAAGGUCAACAACCACACUUAUCGUAUGGCCUACUACCUUACUGACGGAAUUUAUCCAAAUUGGUCAACAUUGAUCCAAUCCAUCCCACUUCCUCAAGGUCCUAAAGCAGAGGUAUUUGCUGAACGUCAAGAAUCCACCAGAAAAGAUGUCGAACGGGCUUUUGGAGUAUUGCAAUCAAGGUUUUCAAUAGUUAAAAACCCAGCUCUAUUAUGGGACAAGGAAAAGAUAGGAAGGAUUAUGAGAACUUGUGUCAUAUUGCACAAUAUGAUAGUAGAGAACGAACGAGACGGAUACACUCAAAUUGAUACAUCUGAGUUCGAGUCAGGAGAGUCAAGCAGAAGUUCCAAGUUCGAGAUUCAGAGAAACAUGAUCGUUUGA